CAAUGAUUGACAGAAUGACUGAUGUGGUCGUAUUCGUCGUAUAUUAGCAGUUAUGAGGCCCAAAAAGCAGGAGAGUUAAGAGGGAAAGAUCAACAAACUGCAAUGGAUUCAAUGGAAAUACCCAAAGAAACUGGAGAAAAGUGUUAACUAAUAGAAGCUGGAAUUCAAUUAUACUUUACAACAUUUUAUGUCUCCUAGGAUUUUAAGGAAUGAUAAAGUUUCAGAUAACAUGAUUUAAAGUAUUUACUGUACUAUUCAAAGAUCUAUGCUGGAUUUUCUAAAGAAACGGGGAAAUUUGAAAUUAAUUUCCUCUACUAUUAGGGCCUAUAGUCUGCUACAGUAUGCUAGAAAGACUGUUAUGUAUAGAGUACCCAAUUUAUUGCCUGACAUUAUGAUCACUGCACAGUUAAGUGGAGUAGAGACUUAUUGAAGCUACUUUGGAAAUAUUAGUUGCGACUAGCGAAGCUCCAGAAAUGUCAAGCUCUGAUUUUGAAGUAGAGUUCCAAAAUGGAAAGGGCAGGCUUAGACGAGAAAAUUCUGGAAAUUUCGACCAUCCACUUGAUCCACUUGUUGGAGUAUCUUCAGGGGAAGAUGACGUGUUUUCGAUGGAAACCAGGGUGACAGUUGACAAGAAACCACUAAUGGCCCCACGUCUGAGAACUCGAUCACGAAUAUCGGUUCAAAGAGCAAAACAUAAGCUGAAAAGUUCAAUAUGGCCGAUUAUUUAUGUUUUUGUAUUUAUCGGAUAUUUAAUCGCGUUUGUGUGUCUUAUUGUCUACUUAGUGAAUGCUUUUACUGCUAAUCUAUCAAAAACUCAACAUAGUGCCAAUUUGGUAAACAUACUGCUUAAUGACACUGAAUACAGUAAUCUGAUUGGUUGUUCAAAUAUCGAAGUGGAGGAUGUUUGGAUAGCACAGUUACCGAAAUUGACGACUGAAGCUGCGAUACGAUUGGUUGAUGUGAAUCAAGAUGGUGUCUUAGAUGUUAUCACAGGAUUUGGAACAGGGGUUGAUGGCGUUAUAGCGGACCCACUGCUUUGUAAGAUUUACUUCAAUGGAAGUUUCCCCUGCCAAGGAGGGUUACUUGCCUUAGACGGACUUACAGGACGUGAAUUAUGGCGGCAUUAUUCCAUUCACGAAAUGUUUGCUGUAAAUUGUAACUACGAUAUGAAUAAAGAUGGCGUCCUGGAUUGUCUUGGAAGUGGCCGAGCAGGGGUAUUGCAGUUGGUGAAUGGGAAAGAUGGCGCUUUAAUCUGGAACUUUGGAAGUGAAAGUGAUGCCCACAGUGACAUAAUGAAUGUUUAUACAGCACAGUUUGUGCAAGAUUUAGACGAUGAUGGAUUCCCAGAUGUUUUAGCAGCACAUGGUGGAGAUCCUUUAAGAGAACCAGGUAGUAAAGUGAAGCUGUUUGGUAGACUAAUAUUAUUCAGUGGUGUUGAUGGUAGAGUCCUCAUGUGGAGGAACAUUCCAGCGGACGCUGAAUCUUACUAUUCCCCACAGCUGUUUACAUUAACAGAUGGUACAGAAGUGAUCUUAUUUGGAACAGGGGGUGAGACCAGUGGAGGUGGACUGUUUUAUAUCUCCUUAUCUGACCUCUACAAUGGACGCAUGGACAAGGCUCGUGAAAUAUAUCGUGAUCCUAAGAAGGGCAUCAUGACUCCCCCUGUUCUUAUUGAUAUGACAAAAGAUGGCGUUGAGGAUAUUGUGAUGUCAGCGUUCAACUCUACAGUGUUUUUAGCAGAUGGGUUAACACAUAAGAUCAUCUGGAACUUCACAUACCCCGGCUCUGAAUCAUACAGUACUCCUGCAGUAGGUUACUUCAACAACGAUGAUGUUCCAGACUUUCUCAUAAAGUACAGCUAUGGACCUGGUUUCCCAAUCUACUACCAUUCUGUGACAACUGUAUUAGAUGGUAAAACUGGUCGCCCUCUGUUGGAGCCCUACGUGCGGGACACUGUAGGAGCACAGACGUCAAGUCUAACCAUAUCUGUGGAGGGUAGAGGCAAUGAUAUGUUCCUUUACUGGGUGUCUGAUUGCUUACAGCAUGAGGGGGAGGGGGGAGAGUAUACAUUCCGAAAUGGUACUAAUGUACAUGAGAAGAGUCGCUCAGAUUUCUGCAAGCUGCGCUUCAAAUCCUCUGGUUUCACAAAGAUGUAUGCUCUCAACCAACAUGUGGAAGCCCCUGGAGAAACUGUUUAUUACUCAGUGGAAAGAAACCAUACUGAGGUUGAGGCAUGGGUAAAUACUACAAAAGAAGCGAUUGACUUUGUCAUGACACACCCAAAGUAUUUUUCUGACUUUGCUUAUUAUCGUGACAGAGAUGCUGCUAUCCUUGCUGGAGAUACGUCAGCCUAUUUUGGCAAGGAGUUGAGCCCCGAAAAUCAACCAGAAGUUUCAAAGGAUCUGAUGUCAUAUUACAAUGAGGGACAACAACGAGAUCCUCCUCCUAACCAUCAUUAUGACAACCAAAAUAAUUACCAUAGUGACCAACAACAAAACAAUAAACCAAAAUUGCAAAAUGACUUUAUCAUUGAGAAUAAAUAUGCAAAUAAUAGACAAAAAACAAAGUAUGCAAAGGACCGUCAAAAACCAUUGGAUUUUGACGACAGAGCUGGUUAUCACAGCAACAGUGAUAGUAACUAUGGCAACAGUGAUUUGAAUACAAACAGUAAAACAUAUAACAACAUUCCUCAAGAUAUACUUAAUCUUUUACCAGAUGAAAUAGAUAAGAGCUCAUAUGAUAAAGUGCGCAAUUUUCUCGCUGAUGUUUUAAAAUCAAACAAUGAAAAUAACGUUGAGGACACCCUGAAUGAUGAACCACCUUAUCAUCAAUGGAAUGAACCCAAAUCACAAGUUCAAUAUAACAUUAAGAGUAGAAAACAACAAGGAAGAAGAGGAAAUGCAGCCAAAAGGGAUGAUACCCUAUCUGAAUCUCAAUCAGACUCUAGCUCAAAAACAUAUAAAAUUCCACAAAUGAAUGACGAAUCUCAUAGAAAUAGAAGAUCGAGCAGGACACUUGAAUCUCAAGAUAACAAAAGUCUCAAAGAUUUUAUAAAUUCUUACAUUAAUAAGACCCCCGGACAGCGUAUAAAGCGGCAUGUUGGUGUUCAUGCGGAUGGUGGUCUCCAGCGCUUGAUAUCAACAGGGACCUUAGCCCCAUCUUUACUCGAUCCUGGACAUCCAGAUUUCAGCCAGACAAUAGAUGUCGUGUUUAGUGUAUUUUGGUUCUUCCCUGCAAAAACUGUAGUCUACUUACCAGAAGAUCAGAAGUGUAUGGAUGACAAGAUGAAGGAUGAAGAUGUUAGAUUUCAACCAGAAAGUCAGUAUUAUGGAAUGGAUCAUGAUGCAUUUGAACAUGCUGUGGAACAUGAAUGUUUGGAACUGUCAAAUCACCAACUUCCAGAUAACGGAAAAUAUAAUUCACAGCGUACAUACAACCCUUACAAUCGAAACAUGGGACAGAUGACUGUUUACAG